CAAACACUAGGCUGGGCCUUUCUCUGUACGGCUCAAGAAAACACUGGCCCUUUUUAUAGGCCACAGAAGACAAAGGAAGGCCCAAACAAGUCUAAAUGGGCCCAGCAGGUCAGUUACAACCUUCUUCUUUCGUCUGGUUCCCCUUUCUUUCACUCAAAAGGAGCCGCAGCGAGCAGCGAUUCAAAAUCCAAAAUCAGAACCCCUUCCUUCCUUCCUCGAUCCUCGUCGGCGGCGAGCCACGGGAUCCUCCAUGGCGCCGGAGCACGAUGCCCCUCCUGCAGCUCCUCCUCCAUCUAGGCCCGCGCUCCCGGGCGGCGCCGACGAGUACGUGCGCGACUCCAUCCACCACUCCCUCGGCCUCCCCGUCCCGGACCGCUCCCUCCGCCUCAAGCUCCUUGCCUCCGAGGACCUCCGCCGCCGCCUCCAGGACCACGUCUUCGCCCUCGAGGAGGAACUGCGCGCCGCCGCGCGCCGCAUCGACCAGCUCAAGAUGGAAUCCGCUAUGAACGCCGAGGGGAUCCGCCGCUGCGUCGAGGAGAAGGAGGCCAUCGCCGCCUCCUGCAACCAGCUCUCCGCCCAGUCCGCCAGGCUUGAGAAGGAGUGCACCCUCUACGAGCGGGAUCUCGAGCGCGCCAUGGAGUCCUGCGACGAGCUCGCUAGGGAGAACGAGGAGAUUCGCGCCCGCCUCAACGACAACGCCCACCUUACAGCACUAAAUGAUGAAGUGCAAGCUCUGCAGAAGGACAAGGAGAACCUGAAGGCCAAUCUCAACAAAGCAGAGGAUGAGGUUAAGCUUCUAUUUGAGGAAAACAGAAUGCUCGAUGAAGCAAACAAAAGGCUUUUGAGUAUGUUGGAGAAAGAGCGGCAUCAUCGAUCUGAAAGAAAGAAUUCUGCAAGCAACUCCACCAAGAAGCGCAAAUCGUCAAGUUUGAAGGACACAAGCCCAGUCAGCCUGGCUAUCGAUUUUAACAGUGCAGAUGCAUCAAGGCAGCCGUUGUCACCCUUGCCCCCAAACUCUCCAGACUUCAGGGUGCACAAGAAAUGAAGCCGAACGUUCUGAAACUUACUUUGAAUGGCUUGAACAUCCAUCCAUCCAUCCUCUGGCAUCAUGAGGGUUUCAGCGUGCUGCUUACCUGAUCCUACUAACUUGUUGGGUUCUUGUUGGUAGAACCUAAAUCAUCUAGCCUUGUUUUUUUUUUCUUUUUCUCCUUUUGGUAGCUGUGAUGAUCCUCUGAUCAGAAACUUAUCUUACUUUCCGGAAGGUGGCCUGUCGAGCUCACCGCUUGCUUCAUGCCUGUGGUAAUGUGUAAGAGAUUAUUAUGGAAGCAGUAAUUCGAUCCUAAUCGUGGUUAGUUUGUUGUGUCU